AUGUUACAAUUUAUAAACCUUCUGGCUUCCUCUUCUAGUAGUGGUCGCUUUCGCAGAAGCCCUGGGACAUCAAAUGGAACCCAGCCAGCUUCACCAACAGGCGCCGCUCCUGGUUCAGGAGCAGGUGCAGGUCCGGGUUCAUCGUCGAUUCAUAGCUCUUCAUCUUCCGCAAGUUUAGCGCCAAGAGUUCCGCCACUUCCAAACUCGCCAUCGCUCUCUCAGACAAUGUCUAUGAACGAGUCAACUAACAGCCUUUCCAAUUCGGAUCCUCGUGAUCCUCUUGCACCCUACAACCUUCCUCGGCCAAAGCCUCUUUGGCUCAAUGAUAUGUAUGCUAAACACAUCGUCAAGGGCAAUUUUAUGACUUUGUCGGCUCGGCCAAAGACUGUAGAGCAGGGCGAAUGGAUUGCUCAUCAAGUCGUUGAGCAUUACCGUAACUUGUGGAAUUUUGUUCGUGUUAUUCACGAGAAGGAUGAAGACGGUAGCUCCAUUUGCAACCCUCAAACCUGUCCUCGUAUGUCGGCUGGCGUUAAUCAUUCAUUCACUUGGUUGAACUCCCGCAAGGAACCUGUUGAGGUGCCUGCUCAAGAGUACAUUUCUCUUAUGCAACGAUGGAUCUCGGGCAAGAUCGAUAACACCGCUCUCUUCCCAACCGAUCCUGCUGGCGUCUCAUUCGCACAUAACGCUGGCAACCCAGGCAUUGCUGGUGCGACCUAUGCUUCAGGUGGCCUCGAUACCCCUCACUCAUCUACGCCAAUUCCUGCCGGCCCAACGUCCUUGAACGCCUCGCUGUCGCAACUUGCUGGCCCUGGCGACUGGGUUGGCAAGAGCAGUGGAUUCCCGAUUGAGUUUGUCGAUGUUUGCCAGACUAUUUUCCGCCAGAUGUUCCGCGUCUAUUCCCAUCUCUAUUGGGCACACUUUAUCGAUCCCUUUUACCACCUCAAUCUGGAGAAGCCAAUGAACAGCUGCUUCAGUCAUUUCAUCCUCACCGCCACCGAAAUCGAGAUGUUGAAGCCCCAGGAGCUGGAACCAAUGCAACCAUUGAUCGACCUAUGGGCCGCCAAUGGCACUUUCCCCAAGGAGUCGAAAGCCUAUGCGUGCGCUAAUGUUAAGGCUGGUGAACGCUUGCUAGCACUUUCUGGUAGUCAGUAG